AUGUUACUUCUAGUGCACAUGUUAAUUUUUACAUCUCUAAUAGUAGUGUUUAUUAAUAUAGAGAAUAGAGCAAUUCGGAACUUAGAUGUAGUCAAUGUAAAUUUAAGGAGUUUAUAUGAUAACAAUCAAGAGCUUGUUGAAAAAAAAAAGAAGAAGAAGAAUGUAUUUACGAAAAUACUUGUAAAAGGUAGUAAAACGUCAGAAGGAUUUCUUUAUGAUACAUUAAAUGGAAAAAUAUUCCAAAGUACAAAAGAAAAAUAUGAUAACGAAUCAAAUGAUGAUAAAGAUAGUGAAAAAUCAAUUUCAUAUAUGGAAGAAAUUGGUAUAAAUAAUGAGGAAGAUAAUAAUAUUAAUUUUUGUCGUUUUAAUAAUAUAAUAGAUAAUAGUAAAAAUGUUUUAGAAAAUGUGAAUAAACCACAUAAAGUAAUAUAUAAUUGGGAAUUGGGUAAAGACUCAUUAUUUAAAAUGUUAUGCAUGUCAAAAGAUUAUUCUAUAAAUGGUGUGAAUUAUGAAAACUGGGAAUUAUUUCCUAUAAAUUGUGGUGAUAUGGAUGAUAUAAUUAAAAAAAAAAGAAAAAAUAUGUACAAGUCAUUAAUUUGUUCACCAAAUGGAAAUAGUAUAAAUAAUACUAAAGUGUUCAUUAAAAAAAUGAAUAUAAAGGAUUGGUUAAAACUAUUUGAUUAUAUGGAAAAAUAUAAUGGGGAAUAUAUGUAUACUAAAGAUAAUUUUGUUAUGGAGGCAGUGGCUUUAUCAUUUUUAGAAGAAUAUCAUAAAGGAAUAACCCCCAAAUUACAUAAAAUAUUAUUUGAACCAGAUGAUAAUAACUUUUAUGAAAAUGUAUCUUCAGAUUAUAUGUUUAGUAGUUUAAUAAAUUUCAACAAUGUAUUAAGAAAUGGAUUAGAAAAAAAUUUAAAUGGUAAUAUUGUAAUUGUAUCAGAAUUAUAUGGUGACGAUAUAAAAAAUUAUAAGAAAAAAAUGCGAAAAGUUUAUCCAAAAGUUUUUAAUAAAAAAAGUAAAAAGAAAAUUCUUUUCGAAUGCUUAAAAUUAAUAGUUAAAUUACAUGAAGCUGGGUUAUCUCAUCUAGAUAUUACUCCAGAAAAUAUUUUAAUUUCAGAUAAUUUUGAAUUUCGAAUAUGUGAUUUUGGAAAAUCUACACCUCUAUAUACCAAUAAAAUAAGGCAUAUAAAAAAAAUGAAUACUAAGUUUUCAUUUGAAUCCUGUUCUCCAUAUGUAGGAAAAAUGCCUUUCAUGCCACCUGAAUGUUUAAAAUUAUAUAAAAUGUAUCGUGAACGUUUUAUACAUGACCCAUUAAAUUAUAUACAUCGUAUUAGGGACACGAAUGAAAGGAGGAAAUAUUAUUUUGAUGUCACUAAUGCUGAUAAGUAUAUGCUUGGUAUUUUAUUUAUUUGGAUUUGGAAUGAUUAUUAUUUAUGGAAAUGUUCUGAUCCAUUGAGAGAUAUAAAUUAUAGGAAGUUUGAAAAAAAUAAUAUGAGUUUGGAUACAUUCAGAGUUACUAAAUCGUGGCCAAAGGAUAUAAAAAUUAUGAUUAAGAAUUUAUUUGUUUUAAAAUAUAGGAAAAAUUUAAAAUUGAAGGAUUUAAUUAAACAUCCCUGGUGGUUUAA